UUCAACACAAGCUUAGCAGCAACAAAUAUAUUUGAAAAGUUUAGUAACAUGGAGCUAACGCUGGAGCAGCUGGCGCGCAUAGCGCUGGGCGUGCCUGAGAUGAGUCAUGUGAAUGUUGCAGUGCUGCACUCGCUGCUGAAUGCGCUGCUGCAAAAAUUGGACUGUGCGCAGCAAGUGGUGACCAUUGGCGGCUUCGAGGGUCAGUGCCUGCAGCGCAUACUGGAGCGCGCAAAGAUUUCGCCGCUGCCCUUUGGCGUGGAGCGCAUCGAGCCCAUAAGCAAUGAGCUGAGCAAAAUAGCAGCGCUGGAGCAGCGCUGCGCAUCGCUGGAGCGCAAGCUCGAGUGUCACUUCCAACACAUACGCAAGAGCAACAAAAUAAAAAACAAGCAAUACAACACUAGUGAGCUGGAUAAAUAUGCGUCGCCUUGCGAGGAUCUGUGCACUGUGUGCGAUGAGCACAACAAAAUUGCCUGCGAUUUGCUAAACAAUGCGGAUUUUUUGCAAAAGCUGCUGCGCUGCAUUGCCAGCCCCAUAUUGGAUAAAAUGGAUGAAAUGACGCGCAAGCUGGAGCGUUUCUAUGAGACGCUCAAGGAUUUUCUGCGUCAAACUGAGGCGCUGUUUCAACGCCUGGAGCUGGUGAAGCAAUGCGUCAUUGAAAUCGAAGGUUUGCGUCAUUUGGUGCAGGAAUACAAUUUGACAUUCAUAGGCACCAUGGAGGAGCUGCAGGACAUGCUGGACAGCAAGCUGGACAAGGUGCAUAUGCCGGCGCUUAAGAAAUACAUACGCGAUCGCUUUGAUGACAUUGAGCAGCGACUGCUGUUGAUUGAGGAGAAGGAAAGCUGCCCACGCGCUGCUGGUUUCAUCAACGAGGGCAUACGCUGCAUUAGCUGCGGCAACACGCGCGUGGGCGUGGACGUGGGCGCACAGUCCAUGAGUCUAAUGCCAGAUGCGCCUGCCAAGCUGCUGGCCAAUCAGCCGCCAUUGAAUUUGAAUGCGCCACCGAAUUGUCAAAAAACUGUCAUUUGUCGCUCGCUGGAGAAGGAGCCAACGCUGAUGCUUAGAGUCCACAAUUUGGACUUGACUGUGCUGGAGCAGCGUCUGACGCGCACCAAUGUGGGCAAAGUGUGCAAGUUGCCGGAAGCCAAUGACACUAUCUACGGCAUACGCAACUCCAUUUACUCGGGUUAGUCUUAAAAAUCCGCUUUUGUGUUUAGUGUAGUUAAUAAAGGCAGCAAAAAAAAA